AUGGCGGUGGACCGCGCCAACGACGCCUCCCACUGCACCGAGGGCGCCCUGGACAUCGACAUCGCCGUCGUGCCUUUCCCCGACGUCGGGCUGCCCCCCGGCGUCGAGUGCGGCCCGGCCCUUAAUUCCAUGGAGGACCGCGAAAAGUUUUUCCACGCUGUCCAGUUACUCAGUGAGCCGUUCGACCGGUUCUUGGCGGAGAAUCGCCCCGACGCCGUCGUGAGCGACAGCUUCUUCAACUGGUCCGCCGACGCCGCCGCGGAGCAUUGGGCCCCGCGGAUAGUGUUCCUCGGCAGCAGCUUGUUCUCGCGGGCCUGCAGCGACACUACGGUGCGCAAUAACCCCGUGGAGGCCGCCCCCCACGACCCGGACGCGCUCGUGCUGCUUCCGGGGCUGCCGCACCGCGUCGAGCUGAGGCGCGGCCAAAUGAUGGACCCCAAGAAGCGGCCGUUGCACUGGGCCUUCCUGCAGCGCGAAAACGCCGCGGACCAGAGGAGCUACGGCGAGGUGUUCAACAGCUUCCACGAGCUAGAACCGGACUACUUGGAGCACUACACCACGACGCUCGAGCGCCGCGCAUGGCUCGUCGAGCCGGUCGCGCUCGCCAGCAAGGACGCGGCGACGAGGGGCGCCAGGGAUGGCCCCUCGCCGGAGGCGGACGGCAGCAAGCAUUGGUUCGACACCAAGCCGGAGGGCUCGGUGGUGUACGUAUCCUUCGGCACGCUGUCCAUUUCUCGCUGCCCGAGCAGCGUGAGCUCGCACGCGGCCUCGACCUGUCCGGCAAGAACUUCGUCUGGGUCAUCCGCGGCGCGGACUUCGAGGAGUCGGAAUGGAUGCCCGACGGGUUUGUCAGCUCUAAACCGGUGUUCUUGA